AUGAUUGUCAAUACUUGUUUACAAUGAUAACUGACAUUAUAAGUGAAGUUCAUAUGUAAAUAUUAUAAAAACCAGCUGUUGACAAUUACAUUAGUGUUAUCGUUACUGUUAUUUCGAAGGAGGUUUCACAUCUACCUCAGCUGUAAUAUAUGAAGUUGUCAUUUAAAGUAUAUAUUUUAAUAUGGAAUGUACGAAGGAACAAAUUGAACAGAAACGGUUAGCAGCUUUGCAGAAAAGAUUAGCCAAAAAUAAUAAUCACGUCCCUCAUGCGCCCCAAUGCCCGAAACCGUCAGAUCAACCAGAACAUUUAAAACAGGGGCAGUCAAAAAACAAUUCUGCUCAUACUUUUCAUCCAUACUCAAGACCAAAUAGUAGCAAACAAUUUACCACGGCGGUUCCAGUAUCUAAUGUUGUCACAGGAUCCGUAUAUUUGAUAUCUGAAGACAGAUUUGAAGUAAACAUGUCAGAAUUUUGCCCUCCGCUCAUAAAUAUCUUCAAAACUUUAAGAUCAAGGUCAUAUGAUUCAAACACUAAGUUGUGGAAUUUUUUAAUGAGUGAUUAUGAGAAUCUGAUGUCCAAAGUUACACCGCUCGCGCCUCAUAUUGUUAUAGGUCCCCUACCAGCAUUUGUUUUGAAGAUUCUGAAUGAUCCUCCCAUUGAUCAUAGUGCUGUGGAUUUAACACCAAUUGAAGCAACACUAAGAAAUAAACUGUUACCAUUCCAGGAGGAAGGUGUCAGAUUUGGAAUAGCGCGUAAGGGUCGAUGUCUUAUAGCUGACGACAUGGGACUCGGGAAGACGUUUCAAGCUCUUGCGAUAGCUAGUUACUACCGGCAUGACUGGCCCUUACUGAUUGUCACUACUUCUUCAAUGAGAGAAACAUGGCAAAACAAAAUCAGCGAGCUUCUGCCAUCGGUGCCGUUGGUAAACGUGGCUACUCUGACAAGCAACAAAGACGUCAAUUUCGUUUCCGAUAGACAGGUCGAGGUUGUCAUAGUUAGUUAUAAGAUAAUAAGUCUGCACACGGAGCUGCUGAGGCAGAAGAGGUUUGGAUUCGUCAUAGUUGACGAGUCUCACCACCUGAAGUCACCCAAGGCUCAGUGUACGAGUGCCCUGUUCAGGCUAUGUGGCCAGGGUCGUGCAGUACUCCUCAGCGGGACCCCCGCCCUCAGUCGACCCGUCGAACUCUACACCCAGCUGUCUCUACUAGAGCCGAGACUUUUCACUUACACGGAAUACGGUAAGAGAUAUUGCGACGCGAAACAAACAAACUUCGGUUGGGACAUGACCGGCAAGUCGAAUUUGGCGGAGCUGCUCGUUAUAUUACAAAGGAGAUUCCUCAUCCGCCGCACCAAAGAACAGGUCCUCAAUCUAGAAGAGAAGACUCGUGAGACUGUUAUCUUGGACCAGUCGCUGCUGAAUUAUUCUAAGGAGGACCAGCACGGGCUCACCCAAAUGGCCGAGAAGUUCAGGAACUCUAAAUCAUCAGAGAGACACGUCGCUAUGAUACAAUACUUUAAUGAAUCAGCGGCCAUAAAGACGCCGGCUGUAUGCAAAUACAUCAGACAGUUACUGAGCGGCAGCCAGAAGUUCCUGGUGUUCGCUCAUCAUAAGAAUGUCAUCGACUCCAUCUGUGACACGCUGGAUGAGCAACGCAAAAACUAUAUCAGAAUCGUUGGAUCUACCCCCACACACAUACGGACAGAGCUCGUGGACAAGUUCCAACACAGCGAGUCGUGUCGUUGCGCCGUGUUGUCCAUCACCGCCGCUAACUCUGGCCUGACGCUGACAGCGGCAGACCUCGUCAUAUUCGCUGAACUACACUGGAACCCCGGCAUUUUGAUCCAGGCGGAGUCCCGUGCUCAUCGCCUGGGUCGUGCGGGCUCCGUGUGUGUGAGGUAUCUUCUAGCGCGAGGAACAGCUGACGAUCACAUGUGGCCGCUGCUACAGACCAAGCUUAAUGUACUCAACGAUGUGGGUCUGAGUGGAGACAAUUUCGAAGACACGAAAAUGAAGCACCAGGACACCAAAAACAACAUAACACAAUACAUGUCACCGGUGAGAAACAAAAACGACUACAUACAAGGUACGAACAUAAAGAAAAUAUCACAGGAACAAACGGAAAAUGUAAAAUCGCAGUCGGACUCUCAAACUACCCUCCACGGCAUUAGCAAACUAACUUUACUGAGUCCAGAGAAAAAUAGUUCAGACUUGACCACUGACGGUGUAGACUCGGAUGACAGGUUCUUGGAGAACGACGAGGACGACGAGAUCCUGGCCAGUAUAGAUCUGGAUAUGUAACCUUCUUUAAUUAAAUAAAAAAAAAAACUGUCAUGUGCCAAAUAAUUUGCUCGUUUGAUUCGAAAUAAGUAUCGAAACAUCUGCUAAAUACCAGAUUACUAAAAACUAUUGUAUGAAUACUGAAUUAUUUUUUGUACGUCCCAAUUAUAAAGAAACUUUAAAUGUCUCGUCAUUCAUGAUUAUUUUUUUAUUGUUUUAUGCUUUUUGAAUUUUUUAAAUGGUAAAUCUCCGUUUGUGUUAAUACAUAUCUUUUUUGAUUUAU